GUGAUUAGCAGGUUAGGCCGAAGCAAUGAAGAUAUUGAGUACAGACGAUGUGGGAAAUCCGAUCUAUUUUUGUCUAUAUUUAGAGCUAAGAAAAGUCAUAUAUGCUUGUGUUGACCAGAGUGCUUUGCCCCAGUGACUGUUGAGUCGUAGCAACUGAGGCUUUAUUCUGUCGUCCGUUCUAGUCAUCCCAACGCAACCAUCACAAUGGCACCAUCAGCAACAGCAGAACUACAACCAUCGAAGACCAUGGGUGUCGAUGCUAUGGCCGCCAUGGCCCACAGGGGUAAAAGCCUCCCCGGCAUCCCCAAGUUCGCCUCGCACGACGCGAGACGGCAGUGGCAACUGGAGCACAUGGCUGGUGCCUUUCGCGUGUUUGCCCGCGAAGGAUAUGCAGAGGGCAUUUCAGGUCACAUCAGCGUGCGAGACCCGGAGCAUCAGGAUCGAUUCUGGAUUAACCCUCUUGGUGUACACUUCGGACUACUCAAGGCCAGCGACAUGAUCUGCGUAGACCUGACUGGCGAGGUUAUCGGCGGCAAUACGACGGGGUCGAUCAAUGCUGCAGGUUUUCAGAUCCAUAGCGCGAUACAUCGCUCGCGGAAUGACGUGCACGCAAUAUGCCAUACGCACUCGGUGCAUGGACGGGCGUGGUCUGCGUUUGCCAAACCCCUUGAUAUGAUCAACCAGGAUGUUUGUUACUUCUAUAAAGCACACUCGGUGUAUUCAAGCUACGGGGGUAUUGCAAAUGAGGCAUCGGAAGGGGAGAGGAUUGCCGAGAGUCUCGGUGAUGGGAAGGCGGUGAUCCUGAUGAAUCAUGGUCUACUGACCGUUGGAGAGACGGUGGACGAGGCAGCGUUUCUGUUCUGUUUGAUGGAGAGAAGCUGCAAAGUACAGUUGCUAGCUGAAAGUGCUGGACUUGAGAAGCAAAUCGUCAGUGACGAAGAAGCAGCUUAUAAUUUCCGGAUGGCGAGCACACCAGAGACAUUAUUUGUAGAAUUUCAGCCUCAUUAUCAGUAUGAGGAACAUCUGUCUGGGGGCCAUUUUAAGCACUGA